AUGGCAUCUCCAACUUCCCCCGCAGCUCCUCGAUCCCGGACCAGACCUCUGGGCAAGAUGGCUGAUUGGUUCAGGCAAGCCCUGUUGAAGAAGCCCAAGAAGAUGCCCAUUUCCUCAGAAAGCUCCAAUGAUGUCUCAGAGACGACCUCAGAGGACAGCCCCGCAGACCCGAGCUGCAGCUCAGUCAGGUCUCCCAGCCCCCCAGCCUCCACCAUGGGCACCAGCAGCAGUGGCCGCUGGAGCAGAGACUAUGACGUCUGCGUGUGCCACAGCGAGGAGGACCUGGCGGCCGCCCAGGAGCUGGUCUCCUACCUGGAGGGUGGCGCCGCCCGCCUGCGCUGCUUCCUGCAGCUCCGCGAUGCUGCCCCAGGGGGCGCCAUCGUGUCGGAGCUGUGCCAGGCCCUGAGUAAUAGCCACUGCCGCGUGCUGCUCAUCACCCCAGGCUUCCUCAAGGACCCGUGGUGCAGAUACCAGAUGCUGCAGGCUCUGAGCGAGGCACCGGGCUCGGAGGGCCGCACCAUCCCCCUGCUGUCGGGCCUGAGCAGAGCCGCCUACCCCGCUGAGCUCCGCUUCAUGUACUUCAUGGACGGCAGGGGCCCCGAAGGCGGCUUUCGCCAAGUCCAGGAAGCUGUUGUGCGCUAUCUGCAGACACUCAGCUGACACUCAGCUGACACUUCACCAUGGGACCCAGAAAGUUGGAGCAAAGUUGGAAAUCGAGUUAGAGAGCCCAGCCACGGCCUCCGGUUCUGGCAGAAGAUGUGACGAGAGGCG